UCUAUGGAUUUUUAGGAUAACAAUAACAUGAGUUUCAACUUUUUUGAAAUUUAGGGUUUUGUUGAAUAUUAAUUCAUUGUCUAGAAUUCGCUUUUUACUCUAUAUCGUAAAUAUGUCAACUAGAGAAGAAUGGUGUGCUGAUAAAGCAUCAAAGCUACUCAAGGAAGAAUUGAGAACAUCAGUAUUGAAUGAAAUAAAGGAUCAUCUAGAAUCAUUGCCUUCUAAUGAAGUGAAGUCUACAGUUAAUCUCUUGAAUCUUCCAUUAGUAUUUGAUUGUUUGAAUAACACAGAUACAGAACAAAUAGACCUAGCUUGUAAUGUAUUAUCGCUCUGUUUGAAUAAUUUGAGCAUUGAGGAAACAUCAGCCAAGUAUGGAACACCAUUAGAAAGAGCUUUGGCUCAUCCUUAUUCUGUUGUUAAAUUAAUGGUACUCAAGGAAUUGGAAAGAGAUGUUAAGAAUGAGGAUGUACUAAUUGAUCUGUGUAAAAGAAUUUCUUUACUUCAAUCUAUUGUGCGAUGUUUAGGUUGUGAAGACCUUGAAGUUGCUACUAAGUCUGCAAACAUAAUAAAAAUCAUUGGAUACUCUGAUGUGGGUAUCAAAAAAUUAACUUCAACGGAUUUGAUCAAAGUAUUUAUUGAAUUACAGAGCUUAAAUGAUAUAAUUCGUCUACGAGUAUUUGAGGUUUUUGUUGAAAUAUCAAAAGAAUCAAAAACCAACUUUCAAUGUCUGAAUGGUGCUGGUCUUAUUUCACCUUUUUUAAAUGAUUUAAAUUCUAAUGAUAUUCUGUUCAAAAUGAAUGUUAUUGAAAUUCUAUCCCAGUUGGGUAGGACUGAAUAUGGAUUUGAAUAUUUGGAAUCAAAUAAUGUAAUGUUAGAUCUUUGUUCAAUAUUGAAAUCAAAUAACUCAGUUGAUUUACAAUUGUGUGAACCAGGUAUUCUAAAAUUUUUUGGGAAUAUUGGCUACUGUAAGCCAAAUAAAAUAGUUGAAAAAUAUUCAUAUAUUUUGAAGAGAAUGUUUGAGAAUUUAAACAGUACAGACUACAUUCUCGUAGGGGUUUCUCUCGAUUCUAUUGGAUAUAUUGGCUCAACUGUUAAUGGCAAACAUGCUCUAGAAAGUUUACAAAUAGUGGAGAAUGGAAUGACUGUAAUUUCAGAAAAAUUGGGAUCAUUUCCAACUGAGAUAACAGUUCGGGCAUUAAAAUGUAUUGAAAGUUUACUAAGUAUUGAUGAAGAACAUAUUCAGAUAUCUCCUAUUUCAAAAAAAUGGUUUUCAUCCCUUGGUGAGAAUGCUAUGACCAAAAUUGUAAUGAAAUAUACUGAAAAUCCGUUUUCUGAACUACGAAUAGCUGGAUUGAGUAUCAUUCUGUCCAUUUCAAACCAAGUAUGGGGACAAGAGAUAAUAAGGGAUACACCGGGUCUAAUAGAGUUUCUUCUUAAUAGAAAUGUAGAAACUCAUAAAGAAUGCAGGGACCUCAAAUAUGAAAUUAUCAAAGUUCUAAGUUCAAGUUCUAUAUUACAAUCAUCGGUUGUGAAAAAAUUGAAGGAAUAUGUUAAAGAAGGAGCAUUUUAUGUCCAAGGAGUUAUGGAAGUUGCUUUUGAAGAGAACAAUUGAUUUUAAAUUUUAUUUCCUUAAUAUUCUCUUUAUAAAUAUAAUAUUUAUUUUCAUUGCAUUCUCGUAAAAAAUAAUUCUAAAGUAUACCAAAUUUUAAAAAUGAUCUUUCUGUGAAAUUACUAUUUUUUUUUCUAUAUGACCUAAAUUGGGUUUGAUUAAUUCCGACAUUUAAUGAAUUAUAAUUGUUUUCAUUUAGUUGAUAUUUAACAUUAGCAGAAGUAAACUUUUAAUCUUUGAUUUUUGUUUCAGUUAAUUUUAUACUUUAAUUCAAGUGACAUGUGUUGUUAAAAAUAAAAUAUGUUUUAAUCAGAUACGAAAUCUUUGUUCUUCAUUAAAUUUGAGAAUUUAGUUUUUUCCCUUGGGGUAAAAUACCAAUUAAAUAACAUUUUUAUUUCA